CAUAUUUCUGACCUCCACAUAUCCACCUCCCUCCCCCACACCUCAGUACUGCUCGUCAAACUGAAGCGCACGAACGCAGGAACGACGGACCACAUGCAGCAAGCCAAGGCGCUGGCACCGUGGCUGACGGCGACGGCCACUGCCAUGAUCAGCAGCACCGACGACGUGCGGAGGACGGUGCAGGUGAAGCCGGUUGUGGUGGUGGGGCGGCGGGAGUGCUGCAUGGCGCACGUGGCCCGGUGCCUGCUCCUGGGGCAGGGCGCGAACCCGGCGGUGCUGGAGGUCAGCGACGACGCCGACCCGGCGGCGCUCGUCUUCGCGCUCCGGCCCAAGGACAACAGCACCAAGGUGGCCACCGAAGUCGCCUUCCCGGUGGUGUUCAUCGGAGGCAGGCUGCUGGGCGGGCUGGACAGCCUCAUGGCCAUGCACAUGGCCGGCGAGCUCGUGCCGGUCUUGAAGCAGGCAAGAGCCCUCUGGCUUUGAACCUCCGUUCAUGCCGUGCCGUUAAUUAGCUACCCUCUCGCCAUAUAUGUGUGCGAGUGAUUUGUUUCGUGUUUAUUAUCGCCAUAUGUGUUCCCAUGCCAUCUACAGCUAGUAUUGUAGACUUCCUUUUGAGAAACAAAAAUGGCAAAGAAACCGAGUUUGUUCAUAAAAGGACUUGGAAUCAUCCUACAGACCUCCAUUUUGUUUUUGUUUUCCGAGGAGGCUCGAAUAAGUCGUGAAUUUUGUAAGCUCUCAAACUUUGCUCACUUGUGUCCUGCGACCCAAUUGUCUA